UCCGGCGCGGCCACGCCGGGUGCAGAGGCUCCGCGACCUUCCCGGCGACGCGUCGGCCCCCGCCUCCCGGACCAGAGCCCCAGGCUGAUCCGCGCCGCCAGGUGGACCCGGCCGGUCCCCCAGCUGCCCCGCAGCUUUGGGCGCAGAAGCUGGGCACCGCUGACGCCCCGACGCGACUGCUUUUUGUUCCAUUAAAAACUUUUCCCAAGUCUUCGUCUUUGGCCAUUUUUGCAGUGCUCCUGCCUCUAACUGCCCUUUCUGCCUCUGGAAACCCGUCGACUCAUUAACUGCAAACAUUUUUACCAUCCACGGGGCAUGAACGUUUUGUCCUCGAAAGUGUAGCUGUUGUAAAAACGCCUCAAGAUGGACAAAAAGUCCUUUGAAACGGUGCUGGAUGAAAUAAGAAAGGCUGUUCUGACAGAGUACAAACUAAAGGCAAUCGAAUACGUGCACGGAUACUUCUCUAGUGAACAGGUGGUUGAUUUGCUGAGAUACUUUUCCUGGGCGGAGCCUCAAUUAAAGGCAAUGAAAGCAUUACAGCAUAAAAUGGUGGCUGUUCAUCCAGCAGAAGUGGUCAAUAUACUCAACUGCUUCACCUUCAGUAAAGACAAACUCGUUGCUCUGGAACUGUUGGCUUCAAACAUUGUGGAUGCACAGAAUUCUCGGCCCAUUGAAGAUUUAUUCCGGAUAAGUAUGUCAGAGAAGAAACGCUGUAAGAGAGUUCUUGAACAGGCUUUCAAGGGAGGUUGCAAGGCUCCUCAUGCUAUGAUAUCUUCUUGUGGAACAAUUCCAGGAAAUCCAUAUCCCAAAGGAAAGCCGAGCCGCAUAAAUGGAAUUUUUCCUGGAACCCCUUUGAAAAAGGAUGGAGAUGAGUGUACCAACGAAGGCAAAGGAAUAGCCGCCCGGAUCCUGGGACCAUCCAAACCGCCACCUUCAACAUAUAAUCCACACAAACCCGUUCCUUAUCCAAUACCUCCAUGCCGGCCACAUGCAACCAUUGCACCAAGUGCUUUUAACAAUGCAGGCCUGGUACCGUUAGCCAAUGUCAUAGCUCCGGGUGUCCCUCCUCCACCACCGUACACUCCGAAUCCAGUGGGAACAGAAAAUGAAGACCUUUCCAGUCAGUCAAAAGCUGCCCAGCAUCAAGCGUUUUCUACGCCAGCCAGUCAGCUCUUUUCUCCUCAUGGGUCUAACCCUUCCACACCUGCUGCAACUCCAGCGCCGACUGCCUCCCCUGUCAAGGCUGCCAGCCAUCUUUCCGCAUCAGCCACCGCCACCACUCCUGGGACGAGCCUGCCCAACACUGGCCACACUGUCCUCCCCGUGUUCCCAGGGCAGGUCUCCUCAGCUGUUCAUACUUCUCAGCCAUCGGCGCCCAAUCCAAGUGUCAUCCGAACCCCAUCCUUGCCCGCCAUGCCUGCCACCUCCAUCCACAGCACAGCAUCUACCCCUGCCCCGUCGGCUUUUCCUGGCCUGGUCCCACCGCCAGGCCCUUCAGCCACCCCCACCCCAGCCGCUCCGACAGCAUCUGCCCCUCGGGCCACUCCAGCCACCAGUGAGACGUUUGCUUCUACGUCGGGGCCUUUCUCCAGCCACCCCUUUGCUGCCACCUCCUCUGCUGCUGCCCUGUCCUCCGGCUUUGCAGGGCUGCCCUUGGCACCAGCGUCCCAAGGGGUGGCCAACCCCACCCCUUCUGUCAUCGCGGGCAGGUCCGCAGCCAGCCCCCUGGCUGUCAACAGCCCUCUCCUGUCCGCUCUGAAAGGCUUCUUGACCUCCACUGACACCAGUCUCAGCUCCCCUGCUGCCACCAGCGGGCUGGCCGCCUUACCAUCUCUUAGCAACCGGACCCCAGACGCACCCCCCGCGGCUCCGGGCAAGUGCUACCCCGCAGCCUCGACACAGAGGUCCACCACACCUGGCCUGGCUCUCUUCCCAGGCCUACCCUCACCGGCCGCCAACUCCACGGCCACCCCCUGCCCGCUGCCCUCCCCAUCCUCCUUGGCGACUGCCACCGCCGCCUCCACGCCCGUGCCCGCCAGCUGUGGUUCCUCCACGCCCCUUCUGCACGGCCCCCACCCCGGCCCCACGGACCUGCACGUCUCAUCCUCUGCUGCUGCCAGCACGCAUUCCGUCCUGAUCAAAACAGAGCCCACCAGCCCCACCCCCUCCGCCUUCAAGGGCCCGCCCCACUCCCUUAACCCGUCGCAUGGCGCGCUGGGCCUGCCCGGCUCCCUGGGCCGGACGUACGCGUCCACGUCGGCGCCCAUCAGCCUGCCCACUUGCCUUAACCCCGCCCUGUCUGGGCUGUCGAGUCUGAGCACGCCCUUGAACGGGGCCAACCCGCUCUCCGCCAUCGCCCUGCCGCCCCACGGCUCCUCGGCCGCCAUCGCGCCCGUGUUCACCGCCCUGCCUCCCUUUACUUCGCUCGCCAGCAGCUUCCCGCUGGCAGUGACCUCCACGGCGCCGUCCCGCCCCCACCCCAGCUGCACGGCUGCGGGGCUCUCGGCCUCGGCACCCACCUCGGCCGCCUCCUUCCCCCUCAACCUGUCCACCGCCGUCCCCUCCCUCUUCUCUGUCGCCCAGGGGCCGCUGCCCUCCUCGAAUCCUUCCUACCCCGGCUUUUCUGCCGCCAGUGCCCCCAGCGCCGCCCCCGCUCUCCCGUCCUUCCCGGGGCUGCAGGCGCCCUCCACGGUGGCGGCGGUCACCCCGCUGCCCGUCGCCGCCACCGCCCCGUCGCCUGCCCCCGUCCUCCCCGGGUUCGCGUCGGCCUUCAGUUCCAACUUCAACUCCGCCCUGGUGGCGCAGGCCGGACUCUCAUCCGGAAUCCAAGCUGCGGGCAGCUCUGUUUUUCCAGGCCUUCUGUCGCUCCCGGGUAUCCCAGGGUUUUCCCAGAAUCCUUCACAGCCCUCUUUGCAAGAACUGCAGCAUAACGCAGCCGCCCAGUCGGCCUUGUUGCAGCAGGUCCACUCCGCCUCGGCCCUGGACAGCUACCCUGCUGCGCCCGACGGGUUUCCCAGCUACCCUUCAGCUCCAGGAACGCCGUUUUCUCUGCAGCCAAGCCUCUCCCAAAGUGGGUGGCAGUGAAUGCGUUUUCCUUUUGAGUCUCCUGUGGAGCGGCAUCGGAAUUCCCCGAGGAAUACCAUGAACAGCCCAACAAGUGCGGAGUUGGAGAGAGAGUGAGGAAGGAUCAUUGUGAUGAGAGGUUGAGAAUCACGGUUAGCAAUUUUCAGUACAGACACCCCUGUGUAUAUACACUGACAGUAAGCUAUAUGAAGAAUAGUAUUAAGAAAGCACUUUGGAGACCUUUCCUCUCCCGUGCAAUGAGAUUUUUGCCUCGUGUUACAUAAGCUAUGUAGAAAAUAUUAAAGAAGAGAAUGAACUCUUUCUAGCCGAAUACAGCCUUAAAUCUGCUUGCGUAGCCUCCACUGACCGAAGGAAUAGUUGUGCCUCCGACUCGUGGGUCGCAUGUGGCACUGGGGUGUUGCUCCCCUUGGCAUGCCGAGCAGUUCCUAUUAGCGUCCGCUGGGAAUAAGUCCUCGGCCGGG